AUGAGAAGUCGCCGCCGGACAGCGAUUGAGGAAGGGACUGAAUCAUCAAGGGAAGUCGAGCAGAGGCCUGGUGUAAGAGGUUCACCGAGGCGUGCUGCUCAAAGAGCGCAAUCUGAAGCCUCCAACACAAGAAUCUUUCUUAAGACGCCAAUGCAACCUGUUAAACCAGAUCCACCUCACAAGAAGCUAAGCACGCAUGUUUCUUUGAAAUUAGAUCAUGUUUUUCAAUACCCGCCAAAACAAUUAAAAUUACCAACGACAAAAGCAGAAAAUAUAGCAGCAAAUAUCUCAAAAUCAUCAUCUGCAUUUCUUUGCAGUAAAUGGUUGCAAGGAACUAAUUGUGUUUUAAUAGAUGAGACAAAAUCAAUCAAAUACGCAGCAGUAAGCAUUUUUAUCGAGAAAAUUCGAUCAGCAUACAGCAAGUGCCCUCCAUUUUUGUUAAUAGCGCAGCCAAAAGAGAUUUCUGUUUGGGUAGAACAAUUAAAAUAUUGGACAUCUCAAUCAAUAUCUGUUUGCACGAGUGACCAAUCUGAAAGAGAUACUAUAACAGACCAGCAGUUACUACUAGAUGUGAAUCCAACCUCAGAUUACGGAAUAGUUAUCACAAACUACGAACAGUUUAUAAAUGACAGGACAAUUAUACCUUACCGUCAAUGGGCAUCAGUUAUUGCUGACGAUCCUUCUCCAAAAAUGCCUUUGGACGGAUUAUUUGCUUUUCAUAAAACUUUUGUUGGAACUGAGUUCUUUGACGAAUAUCCAUCACUCGAAACUUUCCUAGAAGUACCUCCUGAUGCUGCUGUUGAUCCAUCAACCGUUUUUAUCAUAAAACCAGAAGAUGCGGCCGAUGAUUACUUAUUUGAGGAGAAUUUCACUCCUUGUCCCAUGGCAGCUCUUCAACAGGCAAUGUAUAUCGAAUUACUACAGGAAUCUUCCGAAAAAAUUCGAUCAGAAAAUGCAGAUAUCAAAGAUCUUUGCGAAUUUGCCUCAAAACUACGUGCAUUGUCAUCACAUCCUUUCCUUGCGACCGAUACUCCAUGCGACAUCAUGACAGCAUCCGGAAAAGUCCCUGUUUUGUCGAAAUUACUUUCAAUUCAACGAAAUGACGGCAAAAAAGUGGCAAUUUUCUGCAAUUCUAACAUGGUUACAGCUCUACACACCAUCAUGACCGAGUGUAAGACCAUCUACACGCAGAUAGAAGCCAAUUCCACGGAAAACGAAGCGAAUAUUUUAAUUGAUGAUUUUAAUCAUCAACAAGGACACCGAGUUAUCAUUGUUCCUGCCAACUACGCGUCCCUCUGUCUCGAGAAAUUCAACGGGGAGACAGUUUUCGCGUUUGAUACUGAUUGGACACCGAUUGAAGACGGAAAACUCAUUGUCAAGUGGCACGCGAGGAAUUCCAAGGCACAGAUAUACAGACUCAUCACGUCUGAUUCCUUUGAAUACGUAUCUUUCGCAUUUUUCUGGAAUAAUCGUGAUAAAAAACCGUCAAAUUUCGAAAUUCCUGAAAAAAGUGACAAAACCGAAUUAUUUAACCUAAUCAAAGACUGCUACAGACUUGCAUACAAGCAUUUAGACGUUGUCCAUCAGAUGCCGAGGAUGCUGUUUAAAGAAAUCAGAGUUUUACAAUAUUCUGACAAAACCGCUUUUCCUCAGAAUUCCGAACCAUUUUUAGAUGAAUACUGGACUAUGCCUGAGAAGCAUCUCUCGAUACACGCGCCCAGGCAGUCGAGGCCCCUCACGCCAGCACAGUUUUGGACAGAACCAAGGUUACAAAGAUAUUUACAACUAUUCAAUUUAUAUGGAUGGGGCAGAUGGGAGAAAUUCCAAGAAUUCGGACGCCCAGAAGGUGAUCUCCAAAAGCUCGGUGUUCUCUUCUUGAAGCAUUUAUUAAAAACAGUGGAAGAAGGUGACAAAAUUUAUCCAAAUGUUUUGAUUUUGAUCAAAGAAAAUAAUAAAUUUGAUCAAAAACGUUUAUUAACGUCUUUGGCUGCAUGGCCAUCAGUUUUUGCAACAGCUAAAGUAGAACCACUCUUAGGAGACGUAGAAAAUAAAAGAUUUUUCUAUCGUCUUAUCGGUGAAAAAACCGUCACUUCACCCGACGAUAUAGAUCUGUCACUUUUUGAAAAUGAUUUAGAUAAUAGGAAAAUUGAUGAUGUUAAAAAAUUACUCUUUUCUGCAUGGGAAGAUGGAUUAAAUUCUUUGUCAGAAGAGGACCAAAAAUACAUAAGAAAUUUAAUCCAAAUUGCUAAAAAUAAGCCCGUAAAAAGUGACAAAACCGAUAAAAAGACAUCCACAUUAAUUUCAUUGAGAAGUUGCAAAACUAAGUUUGAUUCUUCUUCUCACGACAAAGUUCUAAAUACUUUGAUGUCAUACGGUUUUCCUUCUUUGGAAAAAUUCAUGCAAGCGGCUGGUUUAAUGAUGUACAGCCCUGAAUCAGUGCAAAACUACGUGGAUAACAUCAUCGGAUUUUGCCAAACAAGUUCUGAUGAUAAAAAGAAAUUUUCUGACAAUUUUGUCAAAAGAAUUGUCAAAUAUCACAGUCAGAAAAUUCCUUUACGUGUCAAAUUAUUUGAAAAAGUUCGCGAGUGUUCCACAAAAUUCGAUGAAUAUUCAGCAGAAGACAUCGAGUUUCUGACAGCUGUUUCUUCACAUGGAUUAGGAUUAUGGCUCAAUUCUCCUGUUUUACUUUGUGCUUGUAGAGGACAGCCAACAGAAGCAAAACUUUAUAACAGGGUUAAACUGAUAUUUGAAGAGACGAAAAGGACGAAAGUUAUUCAGCGAAUUCCUGAAGAUUUCAAGGAGAAAAUGCCACUGAGAAUCAACGACAUGAUGAUGCUUAGAAACAUUGGAAAAAUUGAUAAAAGAUUCUUCAACGACAAAUACGUUUAUCCCAUUGAUUACCAUGUUUCCGUCCAAUCUUACAGUCUAAUUCACAAAGACACAAAAGUGUGGAUGUAUUGUAAAAUUGAAUUGAACGAUGAAAAAUUGAAUUUCGUUAUUUGGCCGGAUUCGGAUCCAAACAGCAAAAUUGAAGGAAAAGAUCCAGAUGAUGUUUUCAACCAAUACAGGCUUCAACUACAGAGAUUUUGUGGCCAACCUGUUACUUAUAUUGAUGGCCAUGAAAUGUAUGGAUUGACAUCACCUUUAGUUAAUAUUUUGCUGCAGAAUAUGGAAGGAAUUGAUGAGUUAAAUGGUUACCAGAAAAGGUAUUUUAGUUCUGUGAUUCCUUUGACACAAAAAUGGCCUGUCAUUGGUCAGUUCGAGAAGGAACCAGAAGCAAUGGUUAUUGCGCAACCAAAAGCAACUGUUCAGACUGUUCCUCCAGCAAAAUCAAGUGGAAAUGUUAUUCCAAGGAAGUUCAAGUUUAAGAAGAGAGUUUUCGGAGAUUUACCUCCUCCUUUAGUUGUUGAUUUCGCUCCUUUAGCUGCUGACCAAUCAAAGAGUUUGGCACUCGAUUUCACUACUGGUCCUUUGACACAGAGUUUGGUCGACGCAUUCAGUUACUGGUCUGAUUUCUCUGAUUUCUUACCAAAAGAUUAA